GAAGGUUAUUGGUGCUAAGACUUGGUAAAUGGUGACAGGAGUGAAAAGGGACAACUUGAUUACUCUGUUUUUGAAGUCUCUUCUUGAGAGUAUUGGAAGAUUUAAAAGGAGAGCACUGCACAUUCUCGCACAUAGAGUCUGAAAGAAACUUAGAAGAAAUUUCCAGAGGGUUCUAAAUUUCUGAGAGAUGUUGAUUCCACUGAUGAGGGAUCCUGGCUGGAUACGAAAUGUCUGGACUUGUAACCUGAAUGCACAAACCAUGAAUUACGUUGGGCAGUUAGCAGGCCAAGUAUUUGUUACUGUGAAGGAGCUCUACAAGGGAUUAAAUCCUGCCACGCUAUCUGGAUGUAUUGAUAUAAUUGUUGUACGUCAGCCAGAUGGAAAUCUUCAAUGUUCCCCUUUCCAUGUGCGCUUUGGGAAAAUGGGGGUUCUGCGUUCUAGAGAGAAAGUGGUUGACAUAGAAAUUAAUGGAGAACCUGUAGAUUUGCACAUGAAACUAGGAGACAAUGGAGAGGCAUUUUUUGUACAGGAAAUGGACAAUGAUCAGGAGGUAAUUCCUUACCACCUUGCUACCUCCCCCAUUCUAUCAGAGGGAGCUGCUCUGAUGGAAUCACAGCUGAAGAGGAACUUGAUGGACAGGGUGAGGAACUUAGACUCCACUGGAUCCUCACAGGUAUCAAUCCCCGGGCUUGCUUCCCAGUCUGCUAUAGAAAGCUCCUCGAUUUGUGUCUCUGUGAAGAAAAGAAGGAAGAGGAGGAGGAAAUCUACCCAUAAACUUGACAGUUUAAAAAGAGAAGUCAAUGGAGACACAUCAGAAGAUGAAGAAAUGUUUUCUAUACAGAUUAGUUCAGAGGAAGAGAAUGAGCCCGUGGACAAUAUGAGGAUAUCUGUUAUGGAUGAGUUUAGUGAAGAAGUAUCUGAAAUAAAUGCUUCUGCAAUCAGUAUGCUUUCACAGUCUGCACCAUACACCCGUUCAGAUGGAGAGUGGUCACCCCUUCAGAGUAAGCCUAUAGAUUGCACAGGGCCAUCCUCUCAUCUCACUGUUCCAGCAGAUGGAGGCCUAUCUAGUUCUUGUCCUCAUCAAUCCUCUCACUUUCCUGCUACAGACAGUCCGUCAGGUUCACGCCCUCCCACUCCUAAGAGUGAUUCAGAAUUAGUCAGUAAAUCUUUGGACAGGGGGAUGCAGAAGAAUAACCCACAAAUGCACUGGGCGUGGGGAGAACUACCUCAAGCUGCAAAGUCCAUUUCUCUACUCAAGGCAAAGGAAUCCAGCAUGGUGAAUAUAAAUCCUUCAGAAAGCACUCAUUUUCGGGUAAUUCAAAGUGAGUCUGCAGAGGAGAUAAGCAGCUUGACUGCUUUACCUGCCAUUGGACAGGCAGCUGUUGCGGCUUCUGAUGUAAAUGACCCCCAGCCAGUGCCAGCUGAGAUAAAUGAACCAGAGAUAGAGGCUGUAGGAGCAGCUGCACCAUCACUGCCUGCAAAUGAAGAAAUCAAACAAGCUACCGCUUGCUUAGUCCAGCAAGCAAGCAAAACAGAUUCCCCUUCUAGAAAGAAAGAUAAACGAAGCCGGCAUCUUGGUGCUGAUGGUGUCUAUUUAGAUGACCUCACUGACAUGGAUCCAGAAGUUGCUGCGCUUUAUUUCCCCAAAAACGGUGAUAAUAUUGCACAUGGAAAGAAUGCAAAUGAAAAUGGACCACGGUCGGCCAAUCAGUCCCCUCACUCUGGUGGAAGUUCAGGUGUUGACAGUGGUGUUGAAGGCGUCUCAGAUGGAAUAAGAGACUUGCCUUCAAUUGCCAUUUCACUCUGUGGAGGUCUUAGUGACAACAAAGAGAUAACAAAAGAUCAGUUCUUAGAACAAGCAGUAACAUAUCAGCAGUUUGUGGACAAUCCUGCUAUCAUUGACGACCCCAACCUUGUGGUUAAGAUUGGAAAUAAGUACUACAACUGGACAACAGCUGCUCCACUUCUACUGGCAAUGCAAGCAUUCCAGAAACCUUUGCCAAAGGCCACUGUGGAAUCAAUUAUGAGGGAUAAGAUGCCCAAGAAAGGCGGAAGAUGGUGGUUUUCAUGGCGAGGGAGGAAUAGCACUAUCAAAGAGGAAACCAAGCCAACGCAAGAUUUAAGUGGGAAUGUGCUUACUACAGAAGAGGAGUCAUCACAAAUGAGCAUUGCAGACAGACUAAAGGAUGAAUCUUCUUCAAGUGAUGAAGACCCGAGAGCUGCAAAACCAAACAUUGGGUCACUACAAACAAACUCAAGUCAUCUCUCAUUAUUGUCAGGAAUCAGUUACAAAAAGACCCUUCGACUCACUUCUGACCAGCUUAAAAGUCUAAAGCUCAAGAAUGGCCCUAAUGAUGUGAUCUUUAGUGUUACGACACAAUAUCAAGGCACGUGCCGCUGUGAAGGCACCAUCUACUUAUGGAAUUGGGAUGACAAGGUUAUUAUUUCUGACAUCGAUGGAACUAUCACAAGGUCGGAUACUUUAGGCCAUAUUUUGCCCACUCUUGGCAAGGAUUGGACGCACCAAGGGAUUGCAAAGUUGUACCAUAAAGUGAGCCAAAACGGGUACAAAUUUCUGUAUUGCUCGGCACGUGCUAUAGGAAUGGCAGACAUGACCAGAGGAUAUUUGCACUGGGUCAACGAACGAGGAACAGUGCUACCUCAAGGACCUGUGUUGUUAAGUCCAAGCAGCUUGUUCUCAGCCUUUCACAGGGAAGUGAUAGAAAAGAAGCCAGAAAAAUUUAAAGUUCAGUGUCUGACAGACAUCAAACAUUUGUUUCAUCCGAACACAGAACCCUUUUAUGCUGCCUUUGGAAACAGACCAGCCGAUGUUUAUUCCUACAAGCAAGUGGGAGUCUCUUUAAACAGAAUAUUCACAGUUAAUCCCAAAGGAGAACUUAUACAAGAACAUGCAAAAACCAACAUCUCAUCUUACGUCAGACUCUGUGAGGUGGUUGAUCACCUGUUUCCUUUGCUGAAAAGAAGCCAUUCUUCAGACUUCCCUUGUUCUGAUACCUACAGUCAGUUCACAUACUGGAGGGAACCACUACCACCUUUCGAAAAUCAGGAUAUUCAUCCGUCCUCAUCUUAAAUGCAUCUACAGCCUCUUGUUCUAAGGACUGGUUAUCUUAUAUUUAAAAGACACAGCUUGGUUUUUGCCUUGAAUAGAUCAGCUGGAAUCUGUGCUAUGGUGAGCAUUGUAUUCAUUUGUUAAAAGCAAAUUUGGAGCUGUGUUUCCAUGCUUAAAGUCACAUUUCCAGUGACUAGGAAUGGGAGUGGUGCUUCCAACUUCUCAGCCAACAUGCUCAAAAUGUGCAACAGUCUUUUUUUAAAAAGAUCAAUUACAAGUGCAAUGAUACUGGUUUUCAGUUAAAAAUACUAUAAGGUUUAGUUAAAAAAACCCACCAGUGGUUCUCAACCUUUUCCUCAACAUGUGUGCCAUGAACCAUCUUCCCAUCUAGCCAGAACCCCCUUCCAUUUAGCAGGAUGGGAAGGGCAGGGUUUCAACACCCUGACACCAGUUUGUAUGUCAAAUUGCGACCUCUGUAAAAUCAAAAAUCCCUCAUUUAAAAGAACAGACAGUAAUUCCCCUCCCAAAUAAGCAUAGGAUUGCAUAAGAGUUAUUGGGCCAAAACUUUAGCUGGUUUAAAUUGGCUUUUUUUUUCUGGGAAAUAAAUAAUGCACACUGUAAAUAGAAAGUAAGGGAAAUAAAAAUAUUGUAUCUGAUUCUGUCAUCCCUACUCACCUUGAGCAGUACCUUACUCCAAAAGCAGUCCAUUUGGAUUAAGGUACAGUGUAAGUCUACAAGUGGAAGAAUUCGACUCAUUGGGUGAAAUCCUGGCCCUGUUGAAGUAAAUGGCAAAACUCCUGUUGUCAUCAGUAAGGUCAAGAUUUUACCCAUUGAUUGCACAGAGUUACACUUUGCUGGAGCUGACAGCUUCAAGGGACUUGUCAGAACUGAAAAGUAUUUUGUGAAGCAUUUUCUAUGGCUAAAAUGUGAACUUGCUGCUGGUUAAGGAUGCAUCUCAUGAUUUCACCUUGUAGCAUUUUUUCAGUUGUGUGUGCUUUGCAGUACAUCUGGCCAUCUUUGGCAUCAAUGAAAUCUUCCUUUUCACUUUCAGUUCUAUACCUGAAAACUUCUUUUCUCAUUUGCACAGACACUGGUUGUAGGUACUGCUCUGUUAUGCUACUUACUUUUCAAUGCCUUAAAUCUUAACUGUGUGCAUUGGAGUCAAUAUUGCAGAUCAUUUGAGAACAUUUUUCAAAUAAUGUACUGCAGUACUUUGCUUUAAAUUGUAACUUCAACUGCCAUACACCAAAUGAUCAAAAAAUUUGUGCUUGGAGAUAAAUAGUAAACUGAUUAUCUUUUUUAUUUUUAAAGAUAUUUGGCUGGGGGGGUAUGACUAAAGCAUAAUUUUUUUCUGAAAAUGGCAUCAUGGGAUUCUAUGUUUAGUGUAUUUCAGUUUCUCCCAUAUCAAAUUUGCUCAAUUAAAAGGAAAGGAUAGACCCUGUUCCUGAUUUAACUCAAUGGAAGUUUUGCCACUGGCAGUGGGAAAUAGAUUGGUGCCCCAAAAUAUGGAUUUUCUAACUGCUGGCCCUGCAUACUCACUCAUUUUGGAUGUUAAAGUCAAGGGGCCAAUUCACAUUGCCCUGCAUCUUGAGUAAUCAUUUACACAAGUGCCCAAAGUCUUUCCUUCUUGUGCAGCAUCACUGGCUCUCUGACCCAGGAGAAGAAUAUUACAGGUGCAUGUCAGGUACAUGUAUGCUGUAGUUAAGUCAGAAUGAGUGCACAAGGAGGAAAAACACAUUUUGACUUUCAAUUCUUAGGUCAAGUGUGCAGGGCUGGCAGUUUAAAACACAAUCAAAAAGAUGUUUGUUUUUAAACUGAACAAGUUUGGUACUGAGUUCCUGAGACACCAUCAAUGUGGGCCUCAGGGUGACAAUUUAAGAGAAUCACGUCUCUAAGUACAACCACACUUUAAUUUAUAUUAUGUGACUCUUGGCUGUAUAGGCCAGGGAUUAGGAGUAGUGAUAUGAUUUUAUCUCUGUAUAAAGCCUCAAUGAGACCAAUGCUACAAUAUCUCAUAUAGGUUUUGAUGACCAAAUUUUAAAAAGAUGUUGAAAAAUUGGAGAGGGUUCAGAAAAGAGUUACAAAAAUGAUUCGGGGUCUGGAGAAAAUGCCUGAGAGUGAGAGACUUAAAGAGCUUAGUCUGUUUCAAUUAGCAAAAAGAAAAUCGAGAGGUGAUUUAAUUGCAGCAUAUGAGUACACCUCUACCCCGAUAUAACGCUGUCCUCGGGAGCCAAAAAAUCUUACCGCAUUAUAGGUGAAACCGCGUAAUAUCGAACUUGCUUUGAUCCGCCGGAGAGCGCAGCCCCCCCCCCCCCCCCGGAGCGCUGCGUUACCACGUUAUAUCCAAAUUCGUGUUAUAUCGGGUCGUGUUAUAUCGGGGUAGAGGUAUACCAUCAGGAGGAGAAAAUGCUGGAUAUUAAAGGGGUCUUUAAUCUAGCAGAGAAAGGAAAACAGGAACCAACAGCAGGAAACUGAAGCCAGACAAAUUCAAAUUGGAAAUAAGGCACAAUUUCUUAACAGUGGGGUGUGCUUCUUCAUCUCUUGAUAUCUUGAAAUCAAAGCUGGAUACCUUUCUGAAAGAUAUGUUGUAGCCAAAUACAAGUUAUUAGGUUCAAUACAGGGGUGUAAAAUUUAAUGGCCUGUGAUAUACAGGAAGUCAGGGUGGAUGAUCUAAUGACCCCCGCUAGCCUUAAGCUGUAUGAAACUAUGAAAUAUUCGUUGUAGAUAUUAUUUAUUACCUCCUGUCAUUAACUGUUGAAUUACUGGAUGAACAUAUUAGCCAUAGCCUGUCCGUAUUUAUUUUGCUAAUGGCCUGUUGUAGUGCAGUUAUGAUAUAAAAAAUUCCCAGCCUCUAGAUAAGAUGCACUCAGUUCAGUUACCGUCCUGCAGUACUUAGCGCCUGACUUUCAGAGCUGAGCAACUGGAGCUCCCAUUGAUCUUACCCAGAGCGAAACACAUCUGAAAGGCAGGUCCAUAGCGUUUAUUUGCUGAUGUGCCAAUCGGUAGUGAAUCCAGUUUUAAUCACCUUUUAGUAUUGGAAACAAAAUGGCAGUGUAGAUGAGUAGCUGAUUUAAACCAUUUCAGUUUGAAGACCCUACUACGCUAUGGGACACUGUGCUCUGUCAAAGUUUGACUGUAGCUGUAUAAACACACAAAGGUAUAUUUCACUCUUAGCUAAUAUUUAUUAAGUUGGCUCAUGGGGAGAACAGUUUGGAAAAUCAAAAGCUUUGUUCUGUUAGCAACAAAAGAUUUUGCUUCAUUUUAAAAUAUUUUUUUUAAGUACACUAUAUUUUGCUUUGACGGUCAGGCAGUUGUAUGCAUACAUCUUUAAAUUGGAUUAUUCAUUCAUAAAGAACAAAGUAGAAUGGUUAAAGGAAUUCUUACUCUUUCCGUGAAAGAAAAAUGUUGCCUGCUUUCAGUUUAAUGGUGGUUUCUGUUACAGAAAGAAUAUUUUUUGCUAACAUAGUGCAAAUACAGACACCCAAACCACAAUGUGCUCUAUUGCUACAAUAGACAUAUUAUAAACUAGACUAUGCAGUGGUGACUAUUGUUUAUUUUCAUGAAUCUGAUGAUUAUCCCACUCAACAUGGGUGGUCGUAGGAGGGGGAGGAUAAUAUAUGCAUCUCAUCAGUUAUAUUGAAGCUAAAAUUUAUUGACAACUUUUGGGAUUGUGGGAAUUUUUUAUUUUAUUUUUUGGUUUGGCUCCUCAUUUCUGUUUCUAUUUAUAUAUAGGAUUUGCUCUGUCUAGUGCACUGAUGGAAAUCAUUGUAACACCUCAUUUUGAUGCGCUGAAUGCAAAGACAUUAAAGAUAUAUUGUAAUAAAUGCAAAGAGCUGAA